UUUGAUAAAUCCAGUCUUCAAAGCUCUUUCUAAAAUGGCAUCUCAACUCGAGCAAAGCGCCGCAGAAUGCGCCUGCCCUCUGCCACUGCACCACAGUAGAAGAAAUCCUCCAUGAAGAACUCCCCAGGCGAGAAAAAAAAAAUCCCAUAUUCUGCUGACAACCUUUGUUUGUAUAAUUACUCUCCCUGAUUCUCAUUCCUUCAAGUAUUCUUUCGUUCAUCCUACGUUCCCUGUCUGUCCAUCAUGAGGAAAACAUAUCUACUCUUCCUACUCCGCCUCUUCACGACUGCCUCAUCUCGAGCCAUACACACGGCUAGCAACACCACUCUCGUCCCUAGAUCAUCAGCAGAAGUAAAUGAUCGUCGCUGUGACUGCUAUCUGGUCUCAGGGCCAGUACCGGGAUACUUUCAGAACUACCGGCUCUGGGACUUUCGUAACGUCCCGUUGCAUGUGAACCAAGAAAACUUGGACGACUACGAUGAUAACCCAACGGAAGGAGAGAUAAUUGAGGAUGCAGGCAUCGGUGGCAAUUUGAGCGUCAACUCCAUCCUUCUUUCACAAACACCGUUCGCAAAGGAUUGGAAAAGCCAGGCCUGGCACAGAGAGGGCUCUUCGCUCGGCCCUGUUCCCAUCCUCAACUCGAAAUGGAACGUCUUCUUCGCCCGUGAUCCCAGCGAAAGACAUGGCCCAGAUUCAACAUACCUCGUUCUCCGUACCAAAAGACUUAGGGAUCAUACAUCUACGGCUGAAAUUGAAAGUCGUCUACGCAAUAUAUUCCGUUGCUCUUUUCGAGUGCGACUGCGGAUCCUCGCACCCUACAGUGACCAGGUGCCCGAUGCAGGAGUGACGAACGGGCAGAUGGCAACCGGCGGUGCUUGUGCAGGCAUCUUCUCAUAUCAUUCAGCGAACUGCGAGUCUGACAUUGAGAUCCUCACUUCCGGUCCGCGCAACAUCGUCCACUUGGCUAACCAGCCAGACUACGAUCCCAACACCGACCAAAAGAUCCCUGGGGCUAGCACCGUUGCUCGUAUCCGAAAGCCCUGGACUUCAUGGGUCACCCACCGGUUGGACUGGCUCACCGACCAUUCACGAUGGUACGCCGACCGCGAUAUGCUAAACACUAAAACCUACCAAGUGCCCAACAAGCCGAGCAUGAUGGCGAUCAAUCUCUGGAGCGAUGGGGGUUCUUGGACUGGUGAUAUGAAUGUUGGCGACAGCGUUUAUAUGGCCAUUGAAUGGAUACAGAUGGUGUACAAUGUAUCAGCGAGGACAGAUGAUCUUCCCGACGGAAUUCCUUUGCAGAGACAUGCUCAUGGACUAAAGUCGAACUUAACACUGAUGCAAGCAGUUUUUGACGACCAGACAGGCUCCUCGGGCCCGGUUUCGCCUGAUCAAAAGAAGAAGAAAAAGAAGAACAAGAAGAAGAAGAACAGGAAAGGAAAAAAUGGGCAUGGGUGCCGGAGGCCUUGUUGGGUGGAUGACUACCCUUAGCAUGAGCCUGCUUUUGUCUUGUCCGAGACCUCAUGUGAGAAGUGUUAUACUUCUAUCUUAGUCUUUACCAUAAGAAUUGUUACCCCUUAGUUCGAAGCCCC